CCCCUUCUGCACAGAUGCUGAAUAUACCUUCUUAUGUGUAUGUACUAUAAGCCUUCCAGCAUAACACAGCUAUUGCUGGCAAUUUGUCAUGACUUGAACAACUGUGAUAUGUGAGUGUCGUGAUUUUGAAAUGACAUAAUAUUCGCAUGUUUGGAAGACACCACGUUUCGACAAAUACUUUGGACGUUUUGGAUCGAGUACACUGCUAUAUAACAUCCGGAACUGAUUGACGUUAAAGGUCGGAGGUGGUAUAACCUGACGUCAUUGAUACUCAUGUGACACUAUGAGGAAUGUCACUCAAUAUAUCUACCGGAACAUCACAAGGCACAAGGAAGUAUUUCUAGACCUUUGACUUUGCAAUAUGGAAGCUUGAAGCAUCACUGAAGGUUCAUUACAUUCUUUGUGAUAGCCUAAACUAUUCAUCAUAUAAAAAUACAGUGCUUUGAUAUGGGAAUAUGAAUGCACUGUGACGCUUUUCGCCAGGGGUGUAUUACCUUAUGUAUAGGACCUAGAAGGUAAAAAGGUCGCAGAGUAUAGACACUGUUUCCUGAUCAAUACAUUGCAUGAUACCUCUGAAAGGUUUCUCGUAGUCUAUACUGAACCAUACGUCCUGAAGCCGAUUAGGUCUCAAUGGUUCGAGACAUUAACAUGCUACUUUGCCAGCAAUGCGCAAUAGAUUACGAGUCAAUAACUGUGUGUCAACGAGCUGGAAACAAGCCUUGCUUCUGAGCUACAAGAACAAUUAUUAGUGGGCUCAUAUUGAUAAAUUAUCGAGCGUAAUAACGUCCUGUUUAUGUAUGCUUUGGUUUUGAUGAAGUAUAACAAGCUUGUAGGGUCGGGAUAUUGCAUUUACUAUUGGGUGGUGUUCGCAUGCUUCCUGGUUGACCACGUGGUAAUGAAGACGUAUGCCACAUACGCGGUACCACUAUAGCAUUCCACGAGCCAAUACUGGAAGAAGGGUUGUCUUAUGGUUACUGCAGGACGGGAUCCUUUGUUAAAUCACCUUUCAUCUUUGGAGCUAUGUCAAUUGUCUUGGUGGACGUUGGGAUUAUUAAUCACUUAGAAUAUGCUGAUAUUGCACUAUCCUAGAGUUCACAGGCUAGAGGACAUGGCGCUGUCUGCACUGCUCUUUCCAUGCAAACUACUCGUCCACUGACGUAUGUCUCACAUUGUCUUCAUCACUGGACAUGGGACUAGUUAUCCCUGACAUAACAUCGUAAAUCUACAUCUGGAUUAAACAGUGUGUGAACAUGUUGGGACGUGCUGGGACAAUAGUUCGGAAGAACCGUAGACGUUCGUCAAGUAACUCAAGGAGUGGUACAAGGAGGGGGUCUGCCCCAGCGAUCCAUGACACGUCGGCCUCACCCUGUCCCUCCCCGUGUCCCUCACCCGUCCCCAGCCUCUCCGCGCUCCCUGGUAGCACGGGUAAAGUAUUCCUGACACCCCAGCCUUCACCCUCCAAGAGUGUUUCGUUCUGCCUAGAGAUUCCCAAUGUGUCGGGACUGAAGGUUCAGAGUUGCCACUUGCACAAUAAGCAAACCCAACCGCCGGAAAAAGUAUUUUAUGACAGUACUGUUGUGUGGCCGGAAGUAGAAGAGCAAGAACCACCUUUUUCUGUAGUCAGUGGGAUUUGUGAGGCGGGUCUCGAGUCAAGAGGCCCUUGCGAAUUUCUUCAUCGUGCCUUCUCUCUGUUAGGCGGAGCCUGGCCAGUGACCGUUUUCCUUGUGAUUCUGCUCGCCUUGCCGUUAGUCAUGACAACAAUAGGUGUGAAUUAUCUCCACGACUGUCCACGAGAACCCAAGCUUCCAAUCUACUUAGUCGUCGGUGGAUGUUUCGGCAUUCUAAAACUAAUUUUCUUAUUAUGGAAGCAAGUGAGACGGCACAAAGAGGUAACUGACCUUCACGACGAUGAAGACCUCGUCACCAUGACGCGCAUGACGAACAUAGCAUUAAAUAUAUUUUUGACAAUUUGGUUCGUGUUCGGGCAUUACUGGGUGGUGGGUAUAUGGAAGCCCCAUUUCUCCGCGCCCUUGCACGAACCAAGGAACUGGUGUGAAAGAACAGUGUUCCUGUUCUCGUUCUGGCAACUUGUCAUCUGUCAUAUAAUCAUUGCGCUGAUGAUUGCUAUAGGUCUAAUGCUAUUGUGUUGCUACACUUGUGUCAGGUGUCUGCUCGUCGACUCAAGCAAGAGUUGACAAACAAUGAAGACGGAGCGUGUCCAAGUGUAGCCAUGGCUUGGACAUUCAAGAGGACAAUUGCUCCUUCUCAUGACGAAUCUUGAAUUUCCCACACAGUGGCUUCACAGUACUGGUAAUAAGGCAAAAUUCCCAAAGUAGUGGGGAUGAAGCAGGUGGUUGUGAAAGCGGCAGUUAGACGGCGUCUUGUGUGAGAGUAUAUGCCUCAACAGGAACGAUUCCAUCACCUCAUAACGUGGUGCAUCCAAGUGAUAUUUUAUUACAGAGUUUGAAGAAGCUUUAUAAGGACCAAGACUCAAGCUGACCACGAAAUAUUAUCGCUCACUUCGCAUCAUAUCAACAUAACCUCUUGCAUUUUGCCAAGCAUAAAUGCCUUAUGGCAAGAGAGACUAAAUCUCUCGUUUCUCACUCAAAUAUUUUUGCAUCGAAUUGUAUUACAUGUACUGUAACGUGUGUUUCUGUUACUUCGCAAGGUGUUCACUCUUUUACUUUCUAUUGUAACCAGGGCUACAUGAAGCAAAACACGUCUCGUCUGUAUGAUCGUCUACGUAUACGCUUAGUUAUCGAUUCCGUGGUAAACUAUUGUUUCUGCAUACGGAAAGUAUGCAUACGGUAUAGAGAGUAGUAUCAGAUCAUGAGUACCCGAUUGAAUGAAACGGUUGAAACAUGUGCAUGCAAAUAUUCUAGCGCCCAGCGUGGAGCUUUGGUUGAUGCCAACGACGAUCCGAUAUCGUUCAAUAAUGGUCAAAUGGCCAAUUCCCUUGCACUGGUUUAACCUACUAAGCUAGAAUUAAACGAGACCAGCGAAACCGCCUUAUCUUUUUUCCAUAUUUUGAUCUAUGCAGCGAAAUUCAGCGCGACAAAACAGUUUCCACUAGCCUGUAUGGCAAGUGGGAUGACCUGAAUUUGUCAACUUUUAAAGGGCUUUAUGGUAGACAUGUCUAGGACAUUUUCAAAUUUGACGUACCAGUGACAAACAUUAAGUCCAUGGACUAUGCUUUUAGCAGAGAGUUCUCAUGAUUAUGGAAAGGGUUUUGUCGCUUAUUCUAAAGGCAUAGACCUACAGAGCAGCGUAAGUAUUAUUUUAUGGCCGGUUUCCAUAUUAUUCUACAUUGUACUUAACGAAAUCACUGCUGGUGCAUUGUUGAGGUGGCAAGACUGAAUACAGCAUAAGGAUGUUCUCUGGUUCUCUGUCAUUAUAAUAUUCUUGAAAUCGUCCAUUAGUCGCAGUGUUCACGACACAAUAAAGCAAGGAAAUAUUCUCACUGUAGUAUAAUAAUGCCAGUAAUGCCAUCAGGGAAUAUUAUGUAUUCAGGAAACGCAGAUGCUCUUAUAAAUGAAACCAAAUAGGAUAAAUGAAAGUGCUCCCGUCGUUACACGAGGCGAAUAUUCAAGAUUUUAUAAAAGAUGCAUUACUCCGUCAAACGAUGCUCAUGGAUUAAAGGAAAGUGAAGAAAACCAUGACGAGCAUGGAAAUGUCACGUGCGACAUGUUGCAGUUGUCACUGAUUAUAAAUUGAAAACGAAUGAUGCAUUGACGAUAUGUACAAAACCUUGGCAGCGUCCUUUUGGGUGUUUUUUUGUGAAAGGCGAGGUUGAUCUACGGAUGGCACUUAUCGAGUAAGAGAUUGAUCGGAUGGUAAACAACUUCAAAGGAACAUUAUAAGAUGGGUCAACAGCGGCGUUGGAGUGGUUUCGGCGACUGUGUUUACACACGACAACGACGGUUGCGGUAAAUAUCUCAUUUUUUAAAUACUUAAAUCAGGAUGCAUUGGCAUGGGAGUAGCAGUGUGUUUUAUCAGCAACUCAUUGCCUUCAGAACCGUCAAUUUAUCAGCAACUCAUUGCCUUCAAGAUACACUUGGAAUGCCAGCUGUCAUCAAUCGUACCAAAAUGCUCUGAUAAAAGACAUCUUCAAGAAGAUUGAGGGAUCGUUAUAGUUUCAAAUCAUUAAUCAUUAACAGUUUUUGUCAACAAGUAAACCACCUGUCAAACACGUGUUUCGUAUCAGCCAUAAAUAUUUACUCAAGAACUGAAUUUCACUGCGACGACGGCCAUACAGUGCUUGGUCAUGACCCUAUGAAGGUUCAUACUUCAAUGAACUCAAACAAAGUGAAUGUGAAUUCUUAUAAUUUUUAAAAUCACUAAUUUAUACCUUGAAGGCUGUAUACACAAUUUCAUUUAAUGCGUGUAAUCUCAUGUUUAGUCUUACCGACAAACAGCAACGAACUGCAUCGCGGAUGAGAAUAGUUCCUUGAAAAGAGAGGUGGCGUGAGCUUAUGUAUGCUCAAAUUGCUGGACAGUAACAGUAACAUCUUUUGUAUUGUUUACGACAAACAGAUGCUAAUAUCAUCAUUAGAUGAGAAAGAUUUAUUAGGAUCCUCGGUCACAGGACAGAGAGUCAAAAUGGCCGCACGAUCAACGUGACGGGAGUGAUUUCCGACGUUGUUUAAAAAACCUGUGGCGAUUACCAGUGUCAGUCAUCAUUAAUCAGUUGUGUCAAGUAAAUACUGCAGUAAAUUCACAGAAGGAUGUAGACCGCCACUGUAAGUCUAUGCAUGGAUCGAGUCGAUAGUUUGGGUGUUUCUUCGUUUCGUUCAAUCGGAUGGGCCGUAGCGAGGAUAUUCUUGCACAGUCCUGCAGUCAAACUCUCAAACUUUUCGCAAUGUAAGCUAAACCGCUGAGUUCAAGAUUGAUUAGAAACAAUGUUUCCGGAUUUAUUCGUGUUGGUGAAUUCCCAGGGGUUUCCCAAGAAAUGUGAAAGUAGUCAGUCUCGGGAUAUACGUCAGAACGUCAAAAAAUGUCGUUCAUCGGCUUAUGAACUUCGUUUCUUUGUCAUAUGACCGGCCUCACCUCGUCAAGUGGAACAGCUGUAUAUCGUGUAAACUACACAUGAAAAAUUAUAAAGCAGGAACAAUCCUUGGUAACUGUUAUUGUCGUACAUCAACUUCAUUAAUAAGCACCGCUCAUGAGGAUAAUCAUCCCGUCACCCGGUGCUUAUUGUUACAGGCGACUAAAAGGAAUGUUUACAAUGUGUAACAUGGCAUAUUCCAUGGCAUCACAUGUUGUGGAUGUUACCCAUGCUAAUAACUGUUUGUACGCUUCGCCCGGAAUCAAUCAUCAACAUGCCUCCUUGGUAUAGCUGGAAUAUUGCUGAAUGUGACGUAAAACAAUAUUCACUCCUCAGUGAUAGCCCCCGUGUGUCCGCAUUGCAUUCAUUACCUGUUACCACAAGCAAGUUUAACGUAGUGUACGUGUCGUCAUUAGAACCAGCCCAGGAGAAGACGCCAGCAGAAUAACAAAGCCUUAAAUUUACGUGGUUAUUGUGGUAUAUUUUGAAUGAUAACGCCCCUGUCCAAUUAAAGCCUUCAAUCUUGUUGCCUAAAUAGGCCUGAACGGGCUGGUUUCUGCUUAAACAGCCUUCAUCCAUCUCUUGGUCACAUCUGUGUUGUUAAUUAAUAUGAUAGUCACGUUCAAAACGUUUGCCCCGGAUCAGCGCUCCGAGGUGCCAUCUGAUGAUCUCGACGUCAGUGCUUGCACCUAGUCCCAGGGGCGAGAUGGCUGCAGGGGGUGAUUGCUUUCCACGGCACCGAAGAAGGGCUCAGCAUCCUGUUAGUACAUGUUCAAACUGUGACAACUGUUAUUUUGGAAUCAAUGAUGUAGCAAUUUUUUUGUUUUCUACAUUUUUAUGUUUUGUUUUCUCUAAUUAGUAAUGAGACUCGUCCUACUUCACCCAAGUCGCCUAAAUUCAAAGCACCAUUUUAUAGUUUGACAUUACCAAAUUAAAUUAAGGAAUGGCAAGAUAUAUAUCUUCUUUUCGUAGGUUGAAGAAUGUAUAAUUAGAAAUUAAAGAUUGUAUAACUUAUAAUCAUUACCUCUUUAAAACAUCGUAAGAACAUUCCGUUUCAAUGAGAGCUGUUAAAACGAUGCCAUAUGCAGUAUUAUCUCUCACUAAGUAAAUGUAUAUACUUCGACAGCAAGAUCUGUAUCUGUUUACUGUAUACAAAGUGUUGGUAUUCAUGUGUAAAUGGUGUACUGUUGUUUAUUUCAUGUGUGUCCGAAGGCUGGUCUAUUCUUGUAUAUGAACAACUAUUUUGAUACUUUGUAUACUUAAGGCCGUGUCGCAUCUGUGACUUACUGUUGACCUUUCACCUUUAUGUGUCCAUUGUUUCACUCUAUUUUUGGCAUUGUGACAUAAGUAGCUUUUCCACUUUGUGUAUUCUAACUUUUUAAGAGCUCCCAUAUAUUAUUAUAUCCCAUAUUCACCUUUUGAAAAUAAAACCAAUUCUUAACGAGAUGUUUU